CCAGUGGGUACGAACGCCACUUUUGCUCGUAAUCUGAUCAAAGUUUACGCGAAAUUAUACCGUUCAUUUUAUAAAACCCUAUAAAAUACCAUUCUGCUUAGGUGUUUGAAGUUAUACAGUGCGUAAAUAAAUUAAAAGUGGUGUAUAAAAAAACUCUGCGCGAAAUUAUACAGUUCAUUUCGAAAAACUGUAAAAGGUCACUUUGCUUAGGUAUGUGUUUAAAGUUAUACAAUGCGUAAAUAAAUUAUUAUUAGUGGUGUAUAAAAAGGUUAGCUGAAUAUACAUUGUGUAAAUAUUGUAUAAAUUUUAAACUUGAAAGUUGUAAGUUUAGUGUAGAGUUUAGUGUUAGUUUUUAGUGUUUUUGUGUCAAUAGAUUCGAAGAUUUUGGUUUGGAAUAAAGAAGGGCGGGUCUCCAUCUCGAUGAGCGUGUGAGGCGGCGAGGCGAUGCGCCGCGCGACGCGUGCGCUGUUACGUGCGGGGCGCGUAACAUGCGCUCGCUAAACGUCACAGCGUGCGCGGCGUUGCUGGAAGAUGUGCGCUGGGACGAGCCGACCAGCGUCGCGAGCCUCGCCGUGCUCGCGCUCAUCGACGUGCUGGUCAUUGCAGGAAAUUGCCUGGUGAUCGCAGCGGUGUUGUGCUCGUCGAAGCUGAGAAGCGUCACCAACCUGUUCAUCGUAUCGCUCGCCGUGGCAGACCUACUGGUCGGAUUGGCUGUGCUGCCCUUCUCCGCCACCAGGGAAGUGUUCAAGAUAUGGAUCUUCGGAGACGUCUGGUGUUCAGUCUGGCUGGCAGUAGACGUGUGGAUGUGCACAGCCUCCAUCCUGAACCUCUGCGCGAUCUCGCUCGACCGCUACGUGGCGGUGACCAGACCUGUCAGCUACCCCAGCAUCAUGAGCAAAAAACGAGCCAAGGCGCUGAUAGCUGGCCUCUGGGUGCUGUCCUUCGUCAUUUGCUUCCCUCCCUUGGUUGGAUGGAAAGACAAAAAACCAGAAGAAUCGGAUCUCAAAGAAGGAAGAAUGAUCAACCCACCGUGCCCGUGGACUUGCGAACUGACCAACGAUGCCGGCUACGUGGUGUACUCAGCGCUCGGAUCCUUCUACAUCCCCAUGUUCGUUAUGCUGUUCUUCUACUGGAGGAUCUACAAGGCUGCUGUUAGGACCACCAAGGCGAUAAACCAGGGAUUUCGGACGACCAAAGGUGGUGUAGGUAGAGGCCUGGGCAGCAGGUUUGACGACAACCGGCUGACGCUGCGGAUACACCGCGGGCGGGGCUCCGGGGGCUCCAGGCCUCACGGGUCUCCGCUCUCCAAUGCCUCCAACCACUCCACCAGCACUUCCCUCAGCGCCUCACCGGAGAGGCUGAGGAGACACUCCAGCGCAAGAAGAGCACACGAGAAGGUCAAAAUCUCCGUCUCCUAUCCAUCAUCAGAGCAGAUCUGUCCAGCUCACGAGAACUCCAGAUCCCCCAGCCGUUCGCCAAGCCCCUCCCUCUACGCCGUUCACUAUGAGAGGGAUGGGAGGGAGCUAACAGAGAGUCGGCUGAAAGUCAGGCACUCACAUCAUUUGGCACCGGGACCCUUGUAUGAUGAAUACGAUGACAACAAGCCCAGAACACGGCGUAUGGGGAAGAGAAAUAUUAAAGCACAGGUGAAACGUUUCCGCAUGGAGACCAAAGCAGCAAAGACUCUGGGCAUCAUCGUGGGUGGCUUCGUGUUCUGCUGGCUGCCGUUCUUCAGCGUGUAUGUGGUCCGGGCGUUCUGCGGGGACUGCGUUGAGCCUAUCGUCUUCUCUGUGCUGUUCUGGCUGGGAUACUGCAACUCUGCCAUCAAUCCGUUGAUCUACGCUCUGUUCUCUAAGGACUUUAGGUUUGCCUUCAAGCGUAUAAUCUGCAAAUGUUUCUGCGCCGGCGGCGGUGCGCGGCGCGAGUCAGGCGCGGAAGAAACGCCGCGACGUCGUCCGCCCCACUCGCACUCACAUUCACACUCGUUAGAAGAGCAGGAUAGCACGAACACUACCAGCACUGACAGGUGACGACCAAUCAUGCGGCGGCAAAACGCUCAGUUCAAAGCAACUGUCGCCUGUGUUUAGCAGCAACUUAAUUAUAAUUAGGUGAUUAAUUAAAUAUUAAUUAAUGUUGAUAUAACAGAGACAAUUUCCAAAAUACACCUACCUACCUAAUAUUUCAAUGUGUGUAUAAUACGAGUGUAAUAAUUAGGUUAGAUUUAAUAUUAUGUAAAAAUAUAUUGCCACUUUUUAUAUGUAUAGUGAACUAUAACUAGUCAAUGCUUAGGUUAAAUUGAUUUAUGUGUAUAAAAUACAUAAGAUAUGAGUUUUAUGAAGAUAUUUGUGUAUAAUGUACUUAUGGAAUAUGGGUUAUGAACUUAGGAAAGUCUACAAAACUAAAAUCCGAGAAAAUAAAGUUGAAUCUUCAAAUAUUGCUCACGGAAUACAAGCUUAGUAUUGAAUUGUACUAUUCAUCAACGUUGAUAAUAAUUCGACUCAAAACACAAUAACGUUAGAGUAGAACUAACAUAAAAGUAUUUGACCUAGAUUCAAGAAUUGAGUACCUAUUAACUCAACUUAGUUGAGUUGAGUACCUGUUAACUCAACUUAUCAAUAUUAAUUCUGUAACUUUUCUGCUUGGAGCACUUACUGUAGUUUUAUGGGUGAACUUGAG